UAUAUCCAUAGAAUAUUUAUUUUCUGUUUACGGGAAAGUAAAAUCCAAUUGCUUCACUAGUUCCACAAACUCGAGCGUCUACUUAUCUGUCGGAUUUUCCAAAUCGCUUGUAUACGACCGGGGUCACCAAGAAGAGUUGAUUCACACAAAAGACUAUUAUUUGUCAGUCGUUCUUGUAAACCACAACAUGUUGUGGUUAGCAGUGCUGUGCUCUUGUGUUAUUUUCAUCAAUGGCCAAUAUGAAGUACCUGAAGCUAGGGUGGAAGUUUUUCAGCCACGAGGUUUCAGAGUGUCAAUUCCAGACGAAGACGGUAUCAAGUUGUUUGCUUUCCACGGAAAAAUUAAUGAGGAAUUCGAUGGCAGGGAAGCUGGUACUUUCGCUAGGGACAUUCUCAAACCGAGAAACGGGAGAUGGACGUUCACUGACAAAACAACAAAACUCAAACAAGGAGACGUGAUAUACUAUUGGACAUAUGUUGAUUAUUUUGAUGGCCAGAAUAAACUUGGAUAUGCCAGAGAUGACCAAAGCUACGUUGUGAAUAAUUUUGACUCGAAUCCAGACCUACCCAAAAUUGACAUAAGGAAUCCUGAUUUCUGCAGAGUAACAGAUACACAAAGUAGCCUUGAAAAAGUUUGUCAAGGUCAGGUGAUAUUUCAGGACGAUUUCUCGACGAAGACCCUCAAAAGUGUAUUUUGGACUCCAGAACAGAGAUUUGCUCAGGGACCGGAUUACGAGUUUGUGAUGUACAUGAAUACUCCUGAGACUCUACAAGUGACUGAUGGAGUAGUUAGGAUAAAACCUCUACUGAGUGAAGAUGUUUUUGGACAUGAUUUUGUUCACUCUAAAAAUGGAUUCAAAUUUGGCGAAAAUUGUACUGACGUAGCUGGAUCUCCAGGAUGCAGCAGAGAAUACGACGGAUUUCUUCUGCCACCAGUUGUGUCAGCACAGAUAACGACAAAACAGAAAUUCGCAUUCAAGUACGGAAAAAUUGAAAUUCGUGCCAAACUUCCCAAAGGAGACUGGAUAUAUCCCGAGUUGUACCUGACUCCGCUUUCGGAAAUAUACGGGUCCAAUCUUCAAUCAGGCCAAAUACGGGUGGCAUUCGUGGCUGGAAAUCUGAAUGAGAACCACAUUUUGCACGGAGGAAUUACCCUUGGCGCUACCCCUGCAGCUAGAGCAUAUGGUGAUAGAACUACGGAACGCAGAUCUCAUUGGUCAGACGAUUUUCAUACAUUUACAGUCAAUUGGAAACCAAAUGGUAUAAGCGUUGGAGUGGAUAACAUGACAUAUGGUACAAUCUUCCCCCCAUCGAAGGGAUUCGCAGAACUUGGACCAUCCCUCAAAAUAAACACAACGAGAUGGAAGGAAGGCUCUGAGAUGGCUCCAUUUGAUCAGAUGAUGUAUAUAACCAUUGGCUUGGGUGUCGGUGGAGAAUCUUUUGAAGACAGAAAUGAUGGUACAAAACCAUGGCGCAGUAAAAACCGCAAUAUGGUGAAGACAUUUUACGAAGCCAAAAAAGAAUGGUGGAGUACGUGGAGUGAAAAAAGUGUUGUUGAAGUUGACUAUAUCAAAGUGUCCGCUUUGUGAGAGCUCUUCAUGAAUUUGUAUAUACUUAUGACCACUUCAGUUGUUAUUUUUUUACGAGAUAUACUUUUUUAUAAUAAAAAUUAUUUAAAACUGG